AUUCAAGUUCAUUGUAUUGAUGUGGGUUACUGGGAAUGCGUUUCUGGCACAUAUGGUGUUAACCUGUUCAAAAAUAUUUUUACUGAUGUUUUCCAUCUGUUCCGCUAAUCUCUUCCGCUUCUUUUUUCUCCUCCCCUUUAUCCGUCCCUAGCUGCGUCCUGCACUAGAUUAAUCUUUUUCUUCUUCUUCAGAGAUCACAGAGAUAGUUUUAAUAAUAUAACAAACAUGCAGCUUGCGUCUUUGGCCUUCAUCUCUUUCCUGGACAUUAUCUCCUUUAUGUCUUUGCUACCUCACACUAUAUCAGGAAAGAAAUUCCGCUGGUGCACCCUAUCUGAGGCUGAGCAGAGGAAAUGUUCUCACCUGGCACGGACUCUACAGUCCAUUCUUCUAGCAAAUGACCCUUUUUCAAGAGUAUCUUGUGUACGUGCUCAUAACACUCAGGACUGCAUGAGCAAGAUAAGGGGAAAUAAAGCGGAUGCAGUGUCCCUUGAUGCAGGUGACGUUUAUACGGCCAUCAGACUAUAUGAUCUGGCAGUCGUAGCAAAGGAAGAGCACUCAGAAGGGACGUGUUUGUUUGGUUUGGCUGUUGCUCGGCGGGGCACCCUAAAUAUACAAAAACUAAGAGGAUCCCGCUCCUGUCACAGUGGGGCCCGCUUGACAUCUGGGUGGAACCUCCCACUGGGUUUCCUGCUGGCCAAGAACCUUCUCUACUGGGAUGAGGAGCAGCCAUUAAGCAGAGUGGUCAGUGCCUAUUUCAAUGCAAGUUGUAUCCCUGGAAUUGGAAUAUCUUCCCCCAACCUAUGUGAGCUGUGCCAGGGAACCAAAUCCUAUGUACGAGACAAGAAUUACUUUUGUGAAACCAGUAGCAAUGAGCCAUUCUAUGACUCUGAUGGAGCCCUCAGGUGUUUGAAAAGUGGCUCUGGUGAUGUAGCUUUUCUAGAUCAUCUGACCAUAUUUAGUGCAACAGAUUCAGACCACGAUCAGUUUGAGCUACUCUGCCCUGAUGGAUCCACAGCUGCUCUGACCUCUUACAGAUCCUGUAAACCUGGGACGAAGGCCCCUGGGGAAAGCAAUUGUCACGCGAGGUCACAUGCACAGAAUAACAAAAGAGUUUCUCACACUAUCCAGGUGAUGAGCUGCAUCUGCAUGUCAUUGUCAAUUUAA